UGUUUACUUGCCAUUCAAAUAAUAAAUAUAAAAAUGUAUUAAAUUGAUACGAUAAUGGUAUUUAAAUGGUAAAAUAAACAUGACCAUAUACCUACCUAUAAAAUCCUACAACUAAAACUACUUUAAUAACUUUCAUUUUAUAAUUCGGAUUAUUUAUGGCGUCUCAUGAACUAUCAACGGCAUCUUUGCUGAAAUUGUGCUCAUUUGCCUUCUGGGGAUGGUCCUACAUUUGGGUUACUAAUGCGGCACCAAAAAAAAGCCCAGAGUGGCAUUCGAGGAUGGUAACAUUACUGCAUGGGUCUAUUGCUACCUUAGUAGGGGUGCAUCAAUGUGGCAUUACCUCCGUCGACCAAUGCAGACUCACUAUGAAAAUAUCUUACGGCGAGUACGCACUAAUGCUGUGGUCGUGGGGAUACUUCGCCUUUGACCUGCUGUGGUGCCUCGUCUACAUGAGCAACAGCCUCGUCAUCCUGGCACACCACCUGACCGCACUGAUCGCUGUCAAUAUCUACUUGAGUAAAGCCUAUGCCGGGUGCACUUUUGCUUGCACGCUUGCGCUCAUGGAAAUAACAAAUCCGUUUCUGCAAACCCGGUGGUUGCUGCGUUACGAAGGAUAUGGUCAAACUUUAAUUUUCUACCUGGUGGAAAUAAUAUACUUCGUCAUGUUCCUGACUAUACGCGCAUUUUUCUGCACUUACCUGGUCUUCGAAAUGCUCAAUUCUGACUUUCUCGACAUGGACGAAAAGAUAAUUUCCGUGUCCUUAUACAUAGUGUCCUUAAUCCUCGUGUAUGAGAUACUUAGUUACGUUACGUACAAGUAUAAAAAUAAAAUUGAGGAAUUUAAAGGGUUUGCCAAUGAAGUCAGGGUAAAUGUAGCGAUAAAUGAAAUAGUGCCUUGAGAUACAAUAAAUGACAUUUAAUAAAAAAGUGCAA